AAAUAAUUGGAUAAUCCAACUGAAUCGAAGGGGUUGCAGGAGCAGUAGUAGAAAGAGACUCUCAGGAAGAACGAGAGGAAGAGGAAAUUGAAAAUGGCGAUAUCUUCAAUUACUACUACGCUAAUCCCUUCUCUUGCAACUUCUUCUUCAUUUGCUUCUAAACAACCAACACAAACAAAGCUCUUUUCUUCUUCUUCUUCUUCUUCUUCAUCAUUUUCCAAUUCUGCUAACAGUGUUUUUAGCCUUCUAAAAAUCUCAUCUUCAACAAUUAGGGUUUUGGCUGUCCCUGAGACCUUGGAUUCUGCAGAACCUCUGGAAACACCCCCAGAAACCGUUGAUGAAUCUGACCCUGAUACUUUUCAGAUUGGAGAUUCUGAGACUCCUAGUUCUCCAUCACUCAGCAUUGGAGCAGAUGCAGAUAAGCUGGCUCCGAAGCAGAAAAUUAGAAUCAAACUAAGAUCUUACUGGGUGCCCCUGAUUGAGGACUCCUGCAAGCAGAUAAUGGAUGCUGCUAGGAAUACCAAUGCAAAGACUAUGGGUCCUGUGCCAUUACCGACAAAGAAACGUAUUUACUGUGUUCUAAAAUCCCCCCAUGUGCACAAGGAUGCAAGAUUCCAUUUUGAGAUCAGGACCCACCAACGCCUAAUAGACAUUCUCUACCCAACUGCUCAGACAAUAGAUUCUUUAAUGCAACUUGACCUUCCUGCUGGGGUUGAUGUGGAGGUGAAACUCUGAAAGAAGUAAUGUUAAGAUAGGUGGUCUUUUUACUCCAAGAAGAGCGAGCUAGGGAAAAUUGCUACUUCAUUCAAGCUUGGGGAGGUGUUGCUUGAACAAGAUCAGGAAACUCGUCUGCCUUGUCCUUGGAGAUGUUUCAGGCAUAGUAAUAUGGUUGGAUGAACUGUAAACUAGGUUUCAUGUGAAAAGCAACUAAUGCUAGUCGGAUUUUAGAAUUGAAAGAGUCAUAUAGAGCUUCUCUAUGUCUUCUUGGGUGCAAUUUACAAAUUGCAACAUGAAUGCUAUAGUUUUGAUCCCCUCCCUUUCAUGUUGCUAUUGCUGUUUUUUCCCCUCUAUGGUAAUGACAGGAUAUUUUUCCAUUUCAAGAAUAUUGAUAAUAUAAUUAAUUGCUACAUGUUAAGUGGAAGAA